AAAAAAAAAAAAAAAAAAAACCGCCUCUCUUCUACAUUUGCGCCCUCCCCCUUCCUCUCUUCCUUCGCCGCCCCCCACCCAAUCCAACCACCUCUGCGCAAUGCUGGCCCUCGCGCCGGUUGGAGAGUCUUCGUCCUCGACGCCGGCGGCGGAGGCCGCCGCACCCAAGCGUCGGGAGCAGCCCACGCCGGAUCACCCACCGUAUUCAUGGAUGAUCGGCGAGGCGAUCGCGGAGCUGGGCGAGGGCGGCGGCUCGGCGGAGGCCGCCAUCUCGGGCUUCAUCCGCGCCAGGCACCCCGGCGUCCCCGCCGCGCACGACAGGUUCCUCCGCCACUACCUCGCCAAGCACGUCGCCGAGGGCCUCUUCGUGCGCGCCGCCACCGGGCGGUACUCGCUCCCCCUCGACGACGACGAGCCCGAGCCCGUGCUCGAGCUCGCGGAUGCCCCGCCGCCGCCGGCUGAGCCCAAGCGCGGACGGGGACGGCCGCGGAGGGAUGGCUCGGCGCCGGCGCCGACGCCGACGCCGAAGCCGGCGGCUGCCAACGAGGGGAGGAGCCAGUCCCCGUCCGCGGCGCCCAAGCGCCGGGGCCGGCCUCCCAAGGAUCGCGCGCAGGCGCCGGCCGCGGCGGUGGCGCCGGCCGCGGCUGUGGCGCCGGCCGCGGCGGUGGCGCCGAGUGCUGGGUCUCCAGCCACAGAGGGCAAGCGCGGCCGUGGUCGACCUCGGAAGGAUGGCUCGACGCCAGCUGCCGGCAAGAAAGGGGGGAGGAAGCCGCCAUCCACGACGACCAAGCGCGGCCGUGGACGGCCUCGCGUGCUGCCGCAGACCACCGCCGCCGACGUCUCCGGCGAAGCGCUCGCCACGGACAGCGCUGAUGGUCCAUCCACCACUGACAACAAUGAUGGGCAACAGCGGGAGCUGGCACUUGCGGUGGCCAACGACGGCUCUACCGCGCCGUCAGUAACGGGGGAGGAUGACAGCGGUGACACUCCUGUGCCGGAGCGCAGCACCCAGCCUUGCGAAUUGGCGCUCGUGGAAGGUUCUGCUCUGACGCUAGCCGCCGACAAGGAGGUUGGUACCCAAGCUCCAUUAGAAGGCUCUGCUCCACCUCUAGUCGCUGACAAGGAGGAUGGUACCCAAGCUCCAUCAGAAGCCUCUCCUCCGGCACUAGUUGUGGUCAAGGAGGAUGGUACCCAACCUGAAGGCUCUGCUCCGGGGCUAGGCACCAACAAGGAGCAUGGUACCCAAGCUCCAUUAGAAGGCUGCGAGCCGCCGCUAGUGGCCGACAAGGAGGAUGGUACCCAAACUCCAUUGAAAGGCUCUGCUCCGGCGCGAGUCGCCGACAAGGAUGACUUUACCGAACCUCUGUUCACGAAGCACAAGCGCGGUCGCCGGACUUGCAGGUCAGCACCGGCGAAAGCCACCCACGCCCCUGCCUGGACAUCAAUUGCAGAAAACAUGGCCGGUAGCAAGGCUCUAUCUGCACCGCCCAAGAGCAAUGACCGGCAGUGCAAACCCGCAUCUGUGCAGAUCAAGCCGAGGAAAAUGCUUUUGCUGAAUGCUGACCGACCAGUGCCGAUCAAGCCUCAGAAAAUGCUUUUGCUAAAUGCUGACGAGGUACCAGAUCACCCGGGUUUCUGCGUGCUCGCACUGCCUGCCCCGGUGCCGACUGCAACAAAGGCGUAGAAGCUCUUAAACUGGGCAUGGCAGCUCAUGAAGCCUCAAAUAGACUCAUCAUAUUUCGAAGAUAGCUUGUGUUUACCAAAGUUUAGGGGCUGUUCGAAUGAAGGAUAGUUAUUUUGGCAGCUUCAGUCUAUUAAAUUUUGAACUAAAUGUCACCCUCUAUCCACAGAGGCUAACUCUGAGACUGAAUGCAUAUGAAUCUCGUCAGAUAAUGUGGAAAAACAUCUUUUGCGGAUUUGUCCGAUGUAACUUGCUGAAA